CCACUGGUGGCAUAUUAUUGUAUCGUCAUGGAAACUAUCACCUUCAUUCCUUCAUGGCUGCCAUUCUGGGUGGCAUUGAGUGUACAGUACUUAGGAGAAGCUAGUCAGAUAUCAGCCAAUAUUGACAUGCCCUGCAACACUGGACAAGAGUAUGUGCUUGGCCUAGGUGACUAUUUGUCCGUUGGUGCCAGAGGAAACCAGUUUUUCACAGGCUCCUGUGCCAUAAGUUUGACAGCAAAAGACAAGAAUUUUAAGUGUAAUAAGAUCUGUUUCUCGAUGGACUCCUUUCGUUUCACCACCUGUGACAUCAUGUUGAGUUUCUAUGACUCCGGAGUAUGGAAUUUUGGCACGGCUAAACCAGAAUUUAGUGGUACAUGCCGGGCCCCCGCACGUGGUGACUGGUGUACCAGUGGUACCACUGCAGUGGUGAGACUGGAGAAUUUGCGUGGAAACCUGGCACGGAUGGUGGGAAAGUAUGAACUGCAAAUGACUGCCAGUGCUCGGUGUUCUCAAGAAAAGGCAGAUAUAGAACUGAUUGAAGCCAAUGGUGAAUCAACCUCAGGUGGUAUCAGUAUGACUGUGAUGGUGGGCGCAGUGCUCGGUUGUGUAAUUCUCUGUCUCUUGAUGGCCGUCAUAUUAUUGGCUGUAAUGUAUCGGAGAAAACAUCAGCAGCAAACUUACCGCCAGGCAGCUACCACAAUCUCAAACACACCAAUCUCACCAGAGACGUCGUACCGCCCUGUACAAGAGAGUUGUGGCGUUAUUGACCAAGUGGAUGAUGACUGCACGCCUGCAUUACUGAAAGAAAAAUAUAAUUGUGAACGUGAACGUACACCUUCUCACCCUCGACUUCCAACUGCGCCACCUGUUGAUGAUUGUUACACAGAUUUAAGACCCCCUAGUUACAGCUACUGUGUAGCUCCCCCUGAUUAUAGCGGAACACCAAUGGACAGUUCUGUUCCGAGGGACGACAACCCACUCUGAUGUAUAGAGGAGACAAAAUUAAAAAUAAAUGACUUUGACAUUCAAUCAUGCAUAUCAAAGUUUGAAGAGUUAUGUCCCCUUUGAUUGAAUUGUCUCCAAAAGAGGUCUCCCUUAGCCUCUCUA